UUGCAGUUGUUUUCCACGAAGCUCCCACGAUCAGAGCCGCGCACCUUCCCCUCCCAUGGGUUUGAUGUCAUUGACAAAGAUCAGCUCACCGAAGAAGAAGAAAUGCCUGAAUAUAAGCCCGAGCACUUUUAUCCUGUCCGCCUAGGCGAAGUAUUUCAUGACAGGUUCCAAAUCAUGACCAAGCUCGGCUUCGGCUCGUCCUCCACCAUAUGGCUUGCACGAGACCUCCAAGACCAUCAAUAUGUGGCUCUCAAAGUCUACAUUCAUAAUUCUACCAAACACCGUGAGCGUCCUUUUUAUGAGCAUCUUAACAAGGUCCUUCCCAGCCACCAUAUAGGCGCCGCCAAUGUCAGGAAGCUUGUGGACUCUUUUGAAGCAUCUGGACCUCACGGCAAGCACAUUGCCCUAGCUCUUCAAGUUUCUCAAAUGAGUUUGCGUGAUAUGGACACGGUUUUCAUGAAAGGUCGUGGGUUUGACGAGGAGUUCGUCAAAGGCGCUAUCAAGGAACUUCUUGAGGCUAUUGAUUUUUUGCACACCGAAGUUCAGGCAGUGCAUACAGACGUGCAUCCGGGUAACUUGUUGCUUGGUUUGAACGAUAACUCCUUUUUCAAGACGCUGGAGGACAAUGAGUUCUCGAAUCCUGUUCCUCGCAAAGAAUUAUUCGAUCGAACUAUAUAUUUCUCUCGUCUCAUGAAGCCAAAGGUCGGCCCACUCCUUCUCUCCGAUCUUGGGGAGGUCAGAUUAGGACCUGGGCCCCAUGUGGGCGAUAUCAUGCCGAUCAUGUAUAGAGCUCCCGAGACGCUCCUAUGUAUUCAAUGGAGUUACCCAGUUGACAUUUGGAGCGUUGGCCUCACUGCAUGGAAUCUCCUUGAAGGGAAGCCACUCUUUAGCGCCCUUAAAAGCGAUGGAACCUUGUCGGACGGAGCGCAUUUCUCUGAACUCACCGCCGCUCUGGGACCACCGCCUGCUUCGUUGCUUGCUAGGCACCGUGAGAGAGCACUGGAGUAUUGGGAUGAGGACGGUAAAUGGGGCGAUUUCGUUCCUAUUCCCGCAGAGAAAACCCUAGAGGCAUCCGAAACAAAGUUGACGGAUAAGACCAAGUUCCUCCAGUUCAUACGAAGAGCACUCACUUGGGACCCUAACGAGCGUCCAACUGCUAAGGAGCUUUUACAGGACCCAUGGUUGGUA